AAUACAGGACACGGGGUCUGAGAGAUAAACACAGAGAUACUGCAGAUAAAUACAGAUAUUUUAAAACUAGCUCAUGCAGCAGCGCUGUGAGAUGCAGGAGACGUGAGUACACAGAUAUACCAUUAAACCACUAGCAGUUUUUAGCUUAAUUUAAUUUAGAAAUGCUUAAAAACAAUAACAGAGCAACAGUAGGGUAACAGAACGUAGCCUGUGUGUGACCUAGGUUUAAUAAACUGAAUGUCAAUGAGGAUCACACACAUUCAUACCAAUUACUGCUGUGUAUUAAUAAAUGUAUAUUGACAAAUAAUUAAAUUACCGUACCAACCUAGCUAGCAAACUGAAAAUAUUGAUUUAAUUAGAAUAUAAUAAGAAUAGCAUAUAUAGUUAUAGGUUUUAAAAGCUUAUAAGUAAGUUUUUUUCCCCCACUAGAAUGGAGUCCACAUCCACAGGGUCUUGUCCCAUUGCCCAUCUCCCAUCCAUGUUUCCUUUAAAGCAAGCUUUAAAGAGAGCUGCUUGGGUCAAUUUCCCCUAUUUUUUUUAAUUCCACAAUAUAAAUAUUUCAAUAUAACAACGAGAAUCAGUAGAUUAUAAUAGAAUACAAGCUACAUUACCCUGAUUUUCGACUUUCCACACGACAUUUGAACACUGUGGUAUUUGUUAAGCUUUAAAAUACUAAAAGAAGUAUUUUUAAACUUCUCUACAGCAAUAAAAAAAACAAAUACUGGACUAAGAAAAGGUGUAAUUUAAUAUAUAAAUAGUUAGCUAUCUAAUACAUCUCUUUUUUGGUUCCUCUGCAAUUGAUAUGUAUUUUCUUCAAUUAAUCGAAUGACUCGCUUAGUUCAAAAGAGUCGGUUCGUUAAACUGAAUCGAGCUCUGCAGUAUCAUUAGUUAUUCCUGACGUGUCCUCAGCUCGCGGUUCCGCUGCGCCCCCUGCCGGCUCGCCGCGCUGCUCCCCCUCCGUUAAGCAUGUCGCGAGCCGGCCGCAGGUACAGACCCGUGCCCGGUCCCGGGGGGUCCGGGUGUUCGGUGCGGGCCGGGUCCCGCAGAGCGCUGCUGGGGUGUCUGGGCUGCGCGCUCGCGGUGGCGCUGAUGCUCGGACUGUACCUGUCCGCAGAACCGAGCGGUACCAGCCCGAAACACAGCCCACCGGACCCGCUGCAGGACAAGUUUUCCCACAAGCCCAGGAAGUGCUCCCUGGCACAGGUGCGUAAGCUGGCGGCUCAGGUGGACGGACCUCGUCUGUGGGAGACUCACCUGAGACCCAUGCUGAUAGAAAGGGUUCCAGGUACUUCAGGAAGCCAAACUGUUCGACAGCACAUCCUGUCUCAGCUGAGGGCGCUCUCUGCUGGUUGGACGGUGGAGGAAGACUCGUUCCAGUCCUCCACUCCUAAAGGUCCGGUGAGCUUCAGUAACGUCCUGGCGGUUCUGGACCCCUCUGCCCCCCGCCGGCUGCUGCUGGCCUGCCACCACGACUCCAAAAUCUUCCCCCGAGACCCAAAACAGCCCCAGCGCGGGUUCAUCGGGGCCAGCGACUCCGCCGUGCCUUGCGCCAUGAUGCUGGAGCUCGCCUCCGCGCUGGACACCGAGCUAAAGGCCUUAAAACAGCAGAAGUCAGUGGUGACGCUGCAGCUGGUGUUUUUUGAUGGAGAGGAGGCGUUUGAGGAAUGGACGGAUACGGACUCUCUGUAUGGCUCGCGGCAUCUGGCUGAACUCAUGGCACACACACCCCAUCCUCCGGGCUCCACACACACCACGUUGCUGCAGGCCAUGGAUUUGUUUGUAUUACUGGAUUUACUCGGAGGUCCGGAGCCGCUAAUCGUCAGUCACUUUGAUAAUACUGUCCGAUGGUUUGAUCGACUCAUUGCUGCAGAGACGAGGCUACACCGGCAGGGCCUGCUGUCCUCCCACCCCUCAGAGCAGAGCUACUUCAGGAAGGACUUCUACCUGGGCCCAGUGCAGGACGACCACAUCCCCUUCCUGCAGCGGGGCGUCUCAAUUCUCCAUCUGAUCCCCACACCGUUCCCAUCGUUCUGGCACACUAUGCAGGACACCGAGGAGAACAUGCACCGCCCCACAGUGGAGAACCUCACCAAAAUCCUGGCCAUCUUCCUGGCUGAGUACCUGCACCUCUGAGUAACUCCAGAUACUCCAGCUACCUCCCAGAUACUUCAGUUCUCACACUAUAUACACACACACACACACUCAUUAAUCUGCUGAAACAGAGCCAUAGGUCAUACUGGCCAUCAGCCACCUGCCCUGGCAGCUCCUGGACCUGUGAUUCAGCCUGUAAUUCCUCUGGAUCUGAGGAAGACCUCUGCUCCUCACACUCACAGCCUAAGACUGUAAAGACUGUAAGGACUGUACACGCUGUCCUGUGGAUUGCUGUCUCGCUGUAGAAGUCCUGUAAGUAUUUAACUGCGUGUGAUCUAGUGCUCUAGUGAACAGGCAGAUUCAAUUAAACAGUAUAGUAUGUCA